CCUAGCUAGUUUAGCCGCAUCCUGUGAUAGAGAUCCACGUGCGGCCCGGAGAGUCCGUCUUCCGCUUCCGGCACAGAGUAAACAUGGCAGCGCACCGGAGAAAACGUGGCCCCUCUCCCGGGUCGGCGAAAACGAACAAAAAAGCCAAAUUCCAGCAGCCCGAGCGCGUGCAGGAGGCGGCGGCUGACGAGUUUACCGUCCCGGCUCCCGUCUCUGAGGUACAGGGAUGGAUUAUCAGUAAGGGAGGGGGGCUGGUCUCACUGUCUCCAUGAUGGGGGGGUCCAGGUCGUAGCCCAUGCUCUCAUAUUAUCUCUGAUAAUACAUAUAGCCAAUAUUAAUCUGAGAAGUCAGGUCACGGUCAGGGGUCUGUUUUGGAGAUUUGGUUUGUGAAUUUACCAAGAGCAGCGAUAUCACACGGAGUGCUUUAUGCUGUAAGUCUGUGUUAUAAGAUGCAGUGUCUGCACAAUAAAUAAUGUCAGCGUGCGACAGAUAGAACGUGUUUUCCCGAGUUCGAGUUCCUGAGUAGAAUCUUGGACACCAGCGAACCUAAAACAUAAGCCCCUUUCUUGUGUGAAACGUUUAUGAUCUUGAGAGCAAUGAUCUAACCAUGAAGGUAUUUAGUUGUGCAUAUCCAGCAUUGCCUUGUGUGCAUCCUGGAUUUAUGGUAGUGUAACUAAUGCACACAUCCAAAUAACGACAUGCCUUUUAGCAUUUCAAGUGACAGACCAAUGACAAUGUUCUGGCCCUUGACAGUAGAGAUUAUUUUCAUUCUGCAUCUAAAGUCCCCGUUUUAUAGCCAAGCUUAAUGACCGCUUCAGGGUUUGACUCGGUUUAACCAGUGUCCCCUCAACAUGGAAUUACAUGUUUUUGAUCGACUAGUCCAUCCCUCUAAAAGAUAUAGAAAAAACAUUAUUUUCCAUGAGUGUACAUUACAUUAUUGUAAAAUGAAGUGUUGCUCUCUCUUCUUUAUUACUAGUCACAAGAACAUUCUAUGUACAGAACAGAGUUACUAGAAUGUUCUAAUUAGUCAUGUUACAAAAUUUAGGAUUUACGUAAUGAAGAGUGCGCUGCUUGGUUCUGUGAUUGAUCGCUUGCUGGUAUACUUCAUAGUACCAACCAAAACUCACAGGUUUCUGUUUUGUGGCCCCAACUGUAUUCUUUGAAACCACCUUAGACCAGUUCAUCUGAAAGAAGCCCUAAAAAAGACCGUGAAUCGUACACUCCUCACUGGCUGUACAAGUCUUCUUUUUAUUUUUAUUUUGCCAUCAACAGUACCACUUAUUAAAUUGACAAAACUUAUUGAUGAAAACAGCUACGUCGCAUUUUAUAACUCGUCUUUUACUCAAGCUGGUGAAGCCAGGCACUCUCACAAAACCAUUUUAGCUUACGCAGUGUUCUUAGAGGAAAAAAAAGAAACUUGGAUCCCAUAGUGUUUUGUAAAUAGAAGUUUUGGAAGACUUUGAUUUAUAGUUCUUCAGUGCAUGUACUGUAGACUUGAUUUCUUUUUACUAGAUAGACAUUCAGGCAGAGAAUGUAAUUUUAACAUGCUUUUACUCAUUCUUAGGGGAAAUGGAAGAACAAGGAACGAGUGCUAAUUUUUUCUUCUCGUGGCAUCAAUUUCCGUACUAGACAUCUCAUGCAAGACCUAAGAACUCUCAUGCCACAUUCUAAAGCAGGUAGGAAUGGCUACGGUUUUGAGUACUAUGGGUUAAGUCCCUCCAUCUAAUGUCAAUUUAUUUUUUAAGUAGUUUGACAAAAAAAAUGACUAGCAGAAAAUUCCUGAAACCAAAAGCUCACUUCUUGGGACUACCUAAUGAGGGAGCUAAUUUCUUCAUUAUCCAUUCAAAUAUCUGGAAGCAUUGUGGAUGUAGGAGGAUUUGACUUUGUUACAUCUCUGCAGCCCUUUAACUAUGAAUGGUUUGCUUUUAACUCUUUCUGUGGCACAGAAGUGACACGGGGAGCCCAUGUUCGUUCUGCAGCACCGAAUGGGCUAUAGGCAUCUUAGUUACACUGUGGCUGAAUCCUCCAUCGUUUGUAUGCUUACUUGCUUUAUGGCAUAGUGUGAACAUUAAAUGCAUGUUCGUGUGGUUAAAUUAUGUGUAGAGGUAAUGAGGUAAAAUAAAGCCUCCUCAUUAUGUCAUUGCAAUUCAUCACUUUCUGUAAUCAUUUUACACCCUUGUUAAAACACAAAUAUUUGUAUGUAAAGAUUUUUAUUUUUUUUAAACUUUAACAUUCUUAUUUCAGCUCUACGUUCUUUAAAGGACCACUAUAGUGCCAGGAAAACAUACUCGUUUUCCUGGCACUAUAGUGCCCUGAGGGUGCCCCCACCCUCAGGGUCCCACUCCCGCCCGGCUCUGGAAGGGGGAAAGUGGUUUAAACUUACCUUUUUCCAGCGCUGGGCGGAGAGCUCUCCUCCUGCUCUCCUCCUCCGUUCCGCCCCGUCGGCUGAAUGCGCACGCGCGGAAAGAGCUGCGCACGCAUUCAGCCGGUCGCAUAGGAAAGCAUUUACAAUGCUUUCCUAUGGACGCUGGCGUGCUAUCACAGUGAGAAGCACGCAAGCGCCUCUAGUGGCUGUCAAUGAGACAGCCACUAGAGGCUUUGGGGGAAGGCUUAACCCAUUAAUAAACUUGGCAGUUUCUCUGAAACUGCUAUGUUUAAAAAAAAAAAAAAAAAAUGGGUUAACCCUAGAAGGACCUGGCACCCAGACCACUUCAUUAAACUGAAGUGGUCUGGGUGCCUAGAGUGGUCCUUUAAGACAUUUUACCACUUUCAGGGUUAUUCACCACAAUGAGAAUUGUUGGGAAUUCAAAGUGAAAUUUAAUUGUGAGUCCAAAAUAGCCGAUCUGAAUGCAAAGCUGAAUUGGAGAAAUCUGAAUUACAGUUUGAAUUGCUGACAAUUCUCGCUUUAGUGAAUACUCCUGUUGGAACACCCAGGACUCUUAAUGCAUGUUUGUUGUUUACUUAUUAUGCAAUUGUAAAUGUGAUGUUUUGUUUUCCCAUGAACAGAUACCAAAAUGGAUCGUAAGGAUAAACUGUUUGUUAUAAAUGAGGUAAGUGGAACUUGCUGCUUUGGUCUUUUUAUAUUUAAACUAAUUUUAUAGAAACUAUUUCUUAAUGUUUCCGAGAAUACUUGUUAGUUUUGAGGGACACAACUCAUCAGCUAUGCAUCGCCUGCAAACUAUAAUUGCACUUAAAAUAAUUACAGUACACCAGUAAAGAAUAUUUUAUUUUGUUUAAAACAUAAGUCUUUGUUCAGUACACUCUUCACACAGCAUUUUAAACCACAAUUAUGACCAAUAUAUAUAUGAUCGUAAUGUGGGAAGUAUGAUAUAAACAUGCUUGUUCGCUUAAAUGUGAAUUAUCAGGAAUUCAGUGAUUUUCAAUUUUAGGCCACUGUUGCUGAAGAUAGAAACAUUCUUUUGUGUUUUUAGUUCAUCUAUUGUAGUCUAAAACUUGACGUUCACUCCUAUCAUUUCCCUUUGCAUGAAAAUCACACUUUUUACAGAAUAGCUGUAUAUGUUUUCAAUUUGGCCACUUUGGCUUAAAAUAUAUAAUUUACUUUGAAUUACAAAGUACCCAACAGUACAAAGUUUAGUGAAAAGCUCUAUAUUAUAAAAGAGAUGGAGGGGCUGUUGGUGAUUGGACGUUGUACCAAACACUACAUUUACAUGCUAAUUGUGAUAAUCAGUGCAGCACAUUGGUGACUGUUGAUACAAGCUUUCUGCACAAAUAAUGUUAUCCUAAACAAUACGCUGUUGUUUUAAUUUUUUUAGAAAUGUUUGUAGAAGAAUCAGAUGUAGAUUUAAAUUUUUUAUGUAAGGAAGCCUUUGUUUGUAUGCAAGCUGUCAACUUCAAGCAAUCUGCAUAAGCAUUCAUUGUUGGCUUCAAACAAAGAAAGUAGAGAUGUUAUUUUAAAAAUAGUCUGUUUUGAAGUUAGAGAUUUGAUUUACAGUACAAUUCCCUGACAAAUAAUCAAUUUUUUUUUGCAUUCCAAUCUUUGUAAACGUUCACUAAUUUAAUGGUUCAUAUUCUGCGUAAUAACUGGCUAAAUUUUUUUGUACAGGUCUGCGAAAUGAAAAACUGCAACAAAUGCAUAUAUUUUGAAGCCAAAAAGAAACAAGAUCUGUAUAUGUGGUGAGUAAGAUGUGUAGACAGGGCAUGGGAAAAUGUAUACAAAUUUGGGCUUAGUGCUGCUUGUGGCUUAACCGGCAACAAUGCUCUAUUGGUUUCCAUGGUGAUUGUUCUACAUUCAGAAUUUUGAUCUUUAUCAUUAAAGUGCUGGCCACCGGGGUUACGCAUCAAGAGCAGUUCUGGGUGUAAUAUCUUUUGGUCUUGUAAAAAGGUCUGCAAUGUUAAUACGAUUUGACUAAAGUAACGCCAUUUGUUUCUUCAUUUUAGGCUGUCUAAUUCUCCUCAAGGACCAUCUGUAAAGUUCUUAGUUCAGAAUAGUAAGUUGAACUUAGUUUAUUGUUUUUAUCCUGGUCAAUAUUGGGUUUGAUGUGGCUGGGAGGGUGGGGGGUAUUGAAGUCUAAGCACACAUAAAGCUACUAGUGAAAAUUCUUUUAAAAGCUAGUGGGGAUUUUCGUACCGUGUCGGAAUGCGCAGAGCUAUAGAAGAAGCACAGAGUAAUAUCAGACUGAACAUAUGGCAAUGCCUGCUGCUACUACGUCCUACACCGUUUGGCCUUUAUUGGUUUUGUUCCUUGUUGCACUGUACUACUUGGGUAACCUGAAGCAAUAGGCAUCCAAUAACUGUUCUAUGUGGUUUUUGCAGUUCACACACUGGCAGAGUUGAAGAUGACCGGAAAUUGCCUGAAAGGAUCUCGUCCUCUUCUCUCCUUCGAUCAGGUUUGAAUUAAAAAUCUAUUCCAAAAUAGAAAUCUUUCUCUUAAAUUUGUUUUUGUUUUUGUUCUUCACUGGUUGUUUCUACACAGAUGACAAAUCUCUUUCACGUUUCUAUAUAUGUAUUUAAUCAUGCAAUGUGUUUUAAUUGCAGGCGUUUGAUCACCAUCCACAGUAUUCUUUGUUAAAGGAACUGUUUACACAGGUAUUUUCUUAUCAUAUCCUUUUUUUGUUACUGCUUGCAUAUAUCCUGCAUUAGUUUAUUAAACCAUUUGUAUUUCACAUGGUGCAAUAAUGUAUUGAUAACUGUUUAAUAGUAGAAAUGGGUAUACAGACUGCGACCUACCUGAAUGAAUAUCAAUCAUCUGUUCAUAACAGUGAUAUUUAGCUAAAGUGUGUGAGUAGUAUGAUACAAAUAGUAAAGAAAAAGGGGGUGGGGGGGGAAACUGUGCAAAUGGGUUGUUCAUAGCCCCAUCUCUUUGAACAUGAUGACUAAUUUGCUGAAGAGAAUUUAGAUUGGCUGAGUUCAUUUCAGAACUGACAAACUUCUGCAGAAAUUUCAGAUGUGUCAAAAAAUAGAUCUUCACCCCCCUCCUCCCCUCUUUGUGUAUAUUAAAUAUUUCUUGUCAUAACUCACUGUUUAGAAUUGCAUGCACACAGGUCACGGGCUACCCUCUAUUGUGUUUUUGUUAAAUUAGAGACAGUAUGCUGUUUAGCAAAGCCAGUUUAGUUCAACACAUUUAUUGGUUUUCUCAUUCUUAAAUAUUUCUUCAUUCAUACAGAUUUUUGGAACCCCAAGAUACCAUCCAAAAAGCCAGCCUUUUGUGGACCACGUGUUCAGCUUCUCCAUAGUUGACAACAGGAUCUGGUUUAGAAAUUACCAGGUGGGUUAAGCUGGAUUGUAUUGUACUGCUCUGUUAGACUCAAUUAACACUUUCACUACUGGGAUAUCUUCACAUGUCAGAGAAAGUCCCUAUUUGGUUUUUCUCAUAUGCCAAAAUGCAUAGGACUCUAUCCACAGGAAAGGAGCAUAGAUUUACGUUUCUGUUGUUGUUUGAACCUUGUAAACCAGGUUGUAUCCGUGAACAAGCAGAUGGUUUUACAUGCAUUGACGGCUAAUUGGGCUAGGGGCUGGUUGUUCUCGUUAAAACAUUUUGUGUACUGAAGUGGUGUUUAUAUACAUAUCUAUCUGUCCAUACAAAACAAUAUGGAAUGAUUUUACUCUCUUUACAUUAUAUUGUCCAUUUAACGCCCUUCCCCUAAUGAAAGACAUAAGGAAUUAUAUAGAAACUAAGUGUUUAUUGGUAUUUAUUUUUCUCCAUUGAUAUCUGUCACUUUAAGAUGCUUUGUAAAAUUGUGUUAUCUUGCAGUGUGUGUGUGUAUAAAAAGUUAAAGCAGGUCUUAAAAUUUCAAGUUCAUUUGCUAGUGGAGAGUGGAAGGUUUGAGCCCUGCACCGCAUAACCACUUUUAUUAAACUUUUUCCUACAUUUUGUUCAGAUUAUAGAAGAAGAUGCCUCUCUAGUGGAAAUUGGACCCCGCUUUGUCCUAAAUCCCAUUAAGAUUUUUCAAGGAAGCUUUGGUGGGCCGACGUUAUUUGAGAAUCCUCACUAUCAGUCUCCUAACAUGGUAAUGCAUUGCUCCUUUGUAUACUGAAACGGCAAACACUAUAAAUUACUGGGAGAUUCCUGGAGUUGGGGGUGCUCAGGGGGACUUGACUUUUUCCAGGUCCUCAUGACUGAUGUAAUAACAUGUGGGUUCCAGUCAUGAAUUGUCCCACUGGUUUAAUUUGUUCCACCCAAAAAGAGCAUUCUAACACAAUGCACUUGACUGUUGUCCAGAAACGACUCCAUACUGGCCCACUUUACAAUUCACACACAAACUGGACAGAUGUGUACCCCAGGGUUUUAGAUCAGAAACAGGAAGUACAUUGAAUGAAACAUUUUAAUACACCUUCCAUCAACCACCAACCCAGGCUUUUAUUAUUUUAUAUUGUGUUUUGGAUGGAGAUUUAGGGUCACUGUAUGUGAUGUAACUCCUAAAUGUGUUUAAACUCCAAUAUCUGCCUCCCCUCCUACCAUUCUUAAUGUUCUGCUUUUAACCAAGCCUCCUCAUAUUCAGCUUUGUCUGUAGCUUAUAUGCAUAUAUUUUUAUACCUGUUACCCAUUUAUCCAUCACUCCCUCGUUAUGUAAAUUGUUUGCUGUUUCUCCCCUUUACAAAUGACACUUUUCUUCCUCUGCUUCACUGUAUGUACCCACCCCAUUUUACCUUCCAUUUCCAGUAUGUAUUUCUUAUGGAUUUUGGUUCCCUAUAGCUUCUUUAUGCAUGCUUCACAUACAUUUUUAACUGCCCCCCCUUUUAAUACAUACUCCCUUCUCCUCUUUAUGAUGAUCUUCUUUGUUCUAUUUUCCCCUCCAUGCAUACUCCCAUUUGGGCAGUACUUUCAAUCUGGGAUAAUGACAAAAUGUUCAUCUUGCAUUAUUGAGGCGGCUAAAAAGAGGACUCUCCUGGACAGUGUUAAGACUCUUUGCAUCAGGGUUAGAGUACCUAUUUAGCGCUCACUAGCAUUGCUGAGCUUAUCAAAUAAGCCGUGUUUUAUUGGGCCAACAAUUGUUUCUUUGAGUUAUAGUUCAUUUGGCAGCUAACUUCUGGAGAAUGCUAGCCGCCGAAUCACAAAACCCCAAACCCUUAGAGAAAGCACCCUUUACAGUAGAAUUUUGGUGCUAAAAUGAGAAACACUACAAGUUGAGAUGGAGGUGCAGAAAAGUUGCGCUCACGGAGGAAAAACGAAUACUGUAUUUUGUCAUUAAAAAUUGCUGCAUUAAAAUAAAAAAACUUAAAAUCUUAAACUGAAAUGUAACCUACACAUUUAUUUUUGAAGAUUUAGUUAUAGGUAUGAAAAAACUCUCCUGUAUGUUAAGGCUAUGUUUUCUCUUGUGGUUCUCAAGACCUUUUUAACCAUAAGUUAAUUUUGUUCCAUUAAAGCAUCGGCGCCUUAUCCGGUUAGCUACAGCUGCGAAGGUGAGAGAGAGGCAGCAAGUGAAGGAAUUGCAGAAGCUAAAGAAGAAGGAAGAAGUAUCCAUCGUGCCGCCUGAUCCCACGGCGGACGUCUUUUACACACCUGCCGAAAUAAAGCCACAGCCGGUAGAGACACAGCCGCCUCAGCUGAAGCCAAGCAUUAAAAGAAAAGACAAGCAAUUCAAACGCCAAAGAAUGGCUAAAAAACGCCACUGAACUGUGGGGAGAGGGAAGAGAUUUAUUUAGUACAAAGCAGAUUAGCCAUGGCCAUCAAUUUGUUGUUUGUUCAUCCUAAGACUUUUGUUGAUGGUCCAAUUAAGGGUUGCAGGCUUCUGUUGCCCACCUGUGAUUUACAGGUUUCAGAGUCUAGAAAGUCUUUUAUACAAAUAAACCAAAUAACAAAAACAAGCCACUUCACUAUUUUUAUAUACAUACACUCAUAAUUUGGUAAUGUGAGGAAUUCUCGUCUUGCGACAAGCUCAUGCAGAACUCUCACCUCUCUGUAUGCUUCAUAUGUAAGAAGCAGAACUAUUUUUUUUUUUUCUUACCUUAACCCUAUGAUUAUUGCUACAAGUGCAUUCAAUGCUUGGCAUAGUAAGUUCUUUUUGUGGUAAGCUUAUUCAAAUACAAGUAUACACUAAAAAUAUCCAUAUUCUCCUACCCGACCAGGAAGUUGUUUCGGGCAUAUUCUAUCCCUUCUGUGUUGUUGGGUUACUUGGCAAUACAUUGUAAAAGAACAAUAUGUCGUUCAAAUAAAUUUUGUUAAUUUUAUAAUAUGUAGGCUAUAAUUAUGGAGGCUGCUCUUAUCAGAAAGCCUCUGAUUGUGUAUAUUUUAAAGUUUAAAGGAACACUAUACGGUCACGAACACAAACUUAUUCCAGACCCUAUAGUGUUAAACCCACCAUUUAGUUGGUUUCCUCCUCCCACCCCCUUAAAAUGAGUUUAAACUUACCUUAUUUCCAGCUCUGCACGGGUCCGUCGACGCUGAACUGAAAGCAUAGUUGAUUUAGAGAAUUUUUCCAGCUGGGCUAUUUUGACGUUUAAUUUGAAAUUCACUUUGAACUCUCAAAUUUAGUGAAUAACUCUGUUGGUUUCAGCAUGUUUUGUGAUUAAGCGUUUCAGCACUUUUUUUUUUUUUACUAUACUUUCACAUUUAAAUUGAUGGGAGUAAUGUGAUUGGAUAGGUAGUCCUGCACCCAUGCUUUGCCUAGCAGGCUGAUUUAUUUAUCUUUGGGUAGUUUGAUAUUAUUUCAUUACUUAUAGGGAAACUGCAGACUGGAAGGCUGCAGAUAAGAGGAUCUUCAGCUUUUGCUAGAUGUUUUAGAUAUGUUCACAAUAAAAAAAAAAAAAAUUGAGUGCAUGUUUUUAAAGGGUGUAUAUGUACUAAACAGUGAAUUUUAUUUGGGCAGUGGAGUGUUUACCUAAAAGGGUUAUUAACUAAACUGAAGUGACACGAGUGGCAAAUUCUAAGCUGGAGGGGGACAAAUGUCAGGUAGGCAGGCAGAGGGGAGGACUUGGGAGGCACAGAGUGAGGGGGCUCUGCUGCUAUUGGAAGCCUGUGGCCAGCAUGCUGGUGCUAGAUGUUCAAUACACAACUCACAUCAGCCAACUGGAACUCUGGUGGAGUUACACAUCUGGAGGGGUUAAACUUUGUGCAGCAUUUCAUAAUGAAAUACUGCACAUAGAGAUACCAGGCACCAUGACCUUUUCAAACCACUUCAGUGGUCAUGGUGCUUGGUGUAACCCUUUAAGGGCUGGCUAUAGUUUUUUGUUUAGUUUAUGGUAGUUUUGAAUUCUAUGUUAAUAAUUUAUUUUUCCAUAAUCUGGAACUUCAUAAUUCUACCCAAGGUAACUUAUUUUAGUGCAAAGCCCCUAAGCUUUUGAAAGCUAUUCGAUAUUCACCCAGUCCAAGUCUAUGGUGCCACUUUGGCCAAAUCAUCUAACCAAAAGAUUUUUUUUUUUUCCUAUUAUACAAUUUAAUGCCAAAUACAAUAACCACAAAAAACACAUUAAAACAAAUAUAUACAGAAUACACAUUAUUGAUCUCUUAAUGCAAAUAUAACUUCAAUUUAUUGGGCAUCCUAUAAUCUAUUUUCAAAUCAAUGUGGGUGCAAUUAGGGAUAUAUUUGCCACGACAAUUGAAUGUUCCUGCUUAUUGUUUAAUUUUUGUAACAAUUUAUAGAACAUUCUUUAAGCAUUUAUCUGGGGUUGUUCAUAAUCGUUGGAUUUAGUGGUUCUCAAUUAAAAUCAUUUGAUUGACAGUGUGAGGUGGCGGAUGCACAUGCUUUUCUCUGGGAUAGAGAUAAUCAGAACAGGGAUAUGAAUGCAUAAUAGAUGAAACCUGUUUUAAUAAAAUAAAUUUGUUGCACCAUAAGCCGGUCUCCUUAGGCACGCCCCCUUACUCUGGCUUUGUGCAUACCUUUGACGCCGGUCACUGACUGCUCUGAGUUAUUUGAACAAAACAACCUGCAGUAGAAGGAGAGGAGUACCAGGGGGACAUAUAGUAAGAAUAUCACUCCUUGUUGGCGUUUCUCUGUCUGCAACCAGAUUUGUGAAUUAAAAGCCGCUCACUCAGUGCUGUUGGAGCAGAAGCUGUUGGCAUACUUUUCAUAAGUCUUUCUGGCAUGAGGGAAGUGAAUAAGGAGACAGGCGUAUGGUGCAGUAUUCUGUAAAACAUAUUUUUGUGCAAAACUAUAAAAAUUUGAGCAUGCAACAAAUACCCUUCUGUCGCAUUAAAGAUUUUAUGUUUUGGCUAAGUGAGCAAGGUGAAUGGCUAGUGAAUGACUCCCCUAAAAAUGUUUUUCCUUGCUGUGGCAACGUUAAUGACCAAUGGAGUGAUACAAAAAAAAAAAGUUUAUUUAAAUGCGCACAGGGAUUAGAGAGUGUGCACAGGUAACAUUGUAUUUUUUCUCUUUUCCUGUGCAGACAAUACAGUAUAUUAAUGAGGCCAAAAUCAAAUUUAUUAAAGUUGUAUUGGUGCCUGGAGCGUCACUUUAUCAAAGAUCGCCUUUCCAUGAUUUAUCCCAUCUCUCCUCUUCAUGUUUGGGUAAGGGGACCAUUUCACACUUCUCCAUCAGUUUAUAUGACAUUCUUGGUGUGGGCUGUUUUGAUACUUGUACUAAUAUCCCAUAAACUGCUGGACUAAUGGAAUUUUCAGCUCAUGAUUUUGCAGCAAUUCUCAUUUUCUGAUUUCAUUUGUAUGGUAUAAAAUUAAACCUUAAUUUUGUGAUCUUGGCUUUAAAUGGAAAUGCUGAACAAUUUGCCUUGUUUCACUUAUAGCAUCAUAAUUUAUGAUACAUUACAAUUCCUGGAAACAUUUAGUGACCUGGAGGCAGGACCAGUGUGACCAAAAGGCGGUACAGGCAGCUUCAUUAGGGUGAAAUCUACUAAAAUCCAAAAAAUGGAACUGCACUCAAUCAAUUUAUAAAAGCCUGUGUGCAAACAAACCUGGGGCCAGCAUCAAGGCCCAAUAAGUAGUGAAAAGUCACCAAAGAAAGGAAAAUGUCUGGACCUUUGGGUCGAAACGCUGCUGGACACUAGUUUUAAUAAAAAUGCCUAUCUAAGCCUUGGAGUGGCAGGACCUUUUCCUUUCUUAGGGGGCAAUGUCCAGGUGACACAAAGGAGCUUGGGGGGGGGAAAGUAAGAGAUGCACAAAGGCUCGGGGGGGAGGGUGAAAGGGAAAGGUGGGGAAAAGAGACACAAGGGGAGUACAAAAUACACAAAAAGGGUUAUAAUUUACACUAAAUGGGAUGCAAGACAUACAAAGGCAGUAUACGAUUUACUAAAGGGGGAUGAAAGACAAAAGAGGGUGAAAAGAAAUGCUAAAGGGUUUUAAAAGACACAGAGGUGAAGACACACAUUAUAGGAUAAAGCAAUGUGACAUUUUUAUCCCUGCUAAUGCAACACUGCAGUCCGUUUCCAAUGUCCUUGGCAUUAUUCUUUGAUACCGCCUGAC